CCCGCCCCCGCUAAGAUGGCGGCGCCCAGCCAGGGCCGCGGCGUCCCGCCCUUCCCGGGCGCCGAGAGCGGCUCCUUCGCUUUCCCCUUUGCCGUCCCGCACGGCGCCGCGGGCUCUGGGGCGGAGGAGCCGUCCAAGAAGCCGUGCCGAGCCUGCACCGAUUUUAAGAGCUGGCUCCGGGAGCAGAGGAAGCAGGCGGCCCCGGGCGGCGCGGACCCGACAGUCACAGAGGAGAAGGAGCCACCGCCGGAUUGUCCCCUGGACAGCGAACAGCUGGGCCGCAACACCUGGGCCUUCCUGCACACCAUGGCAGCCUACUACCCUGACCGCCCCUCCGGUGCCCAGCAGAAGGAGAUGAGGGACUUCAUCAACCUCUUCUCCAAGUUCUACCCCUGCGAGCACUGCGCCGAGGAUCUGAGGGAAAGAUUGCGUACAAAUCAGCCUGACACUAGCAACAGAAAUAACUUCUCCCAGUGGCUGUGUCUUCUUCAUAAUGAAGUGAACAGGAAACUGGGGAAAUCGGAAUUUGACUGCUCGCGGGUGGACGAGCGCUGGCGGGAUGGUUGGAAGGAUGGUAGUUGUGGUUAAUCCCUAGAGACUGCUUUGGAAAUGGGACAGACCAACUCAACCUGGUGUUGAGUCGCUGCAGGGAGGUGUGGGAGUCAGUGACUGUGUGUGUAUGUGUCUGUCUGCUCGUGUGUGUGACUGAGCUUGUGGAAAUAAAGGUAAACCAAUUCUGAAAGUCAAUUUGAAAAUCUUAUCCUAAUAGUAUUUUGAGAAAUUAUUACAUAAAUGUAUUACCUGAGGGAUUGUGGCCUUACAUUUAAGACAGGAAUUGCCAGAAGCCCGUGGAAUUAAGUCACUGAUGAACUCAUGGAGUCUUUUUCAUUGUGACAUUUCCUUAUAUUAGGGGCGUUUGCUGACUUCGCUGACUAGAAUUCCCUUUCCCUGAACACAGCUGUAGAGGGCUGUCCUGUGGUAUUUUACAUUUAUCUACAGGUAUUAUGCUGAUGUUUUGGAAAAUAGAUCUGAUCAGUUGUCAUUUUCAUUUCUGUGGUUCUUAUCGAGCAAAUUCAUGCUGUUCUUUGUGCCAGGUCUGUACCCUGGGAUCUUCAGUUACUAAACUUGAUUCUAAACUUGUUACUAAACUUGGAUUCAGUUGCUUUGAUAAAAGGCCUGAAAGCUGGUACAUUUAAUUUAAAUACCAGAAAAAUUAACCCCAGAUUUCUCAUUUUAUUCUUUCAAUAUAUCAUGUAAGAGGACAUUGCAGAAAGGCAAACUAAAGCAGGACAAAAAAAACCCCACUCAUCUAGUGAAGUGAAUGAAUUAUCAACUGGAUGAAACUCAAAUGUUUUAAAUGGAUUGCUAAUUUUCUUUGGAUCCAGAUGUGGUAUGGUUAUAAGUUUUACUCAAGUGUUUUUUCUUAAAGCAGAUAACCUCUUCAUCUCUGCCAUGAACUUUUGUCAGUUGUGAAGAUAGCUUGAGACUGAUGUGUGUAAUGAAGCAUGUUCAGAUUUAUUUGGCAUCCAGUAUUCCUGAGAUGUCACUUGUGCUUUGAAAUUCUUGAUUGGUACUUGCUGACCUGGUUGCUAUUCUGGUGUUAUCCCUUAGCUAAAAUUAUUUAGAACAAGAGGACUUUACAAGCCCCCUGCACUACUGGAGCCCUGCUUAAGGCUGUGAUGUCACCUUGGCAUAGUAUUUAUUGCUCAGGGGACUCAAACUGGUCCCUGGGGUGGAUUCUCUCUGUAGAGCUGUUCAGAAUCUACACUGUGUGUAUGUUUCCUAAGUCACCUCUACUGCAUCAGUGUAGUGGUAGUUAAAUGUGAAUUCCAGAUUCAAGUGAAACAGCAGCAUCAAUAACUUAUGCCACAAUUCAUAUAAAUGUGUCUCUGUGAAAAGAGACAGCUUACCAAAAAAAGUCAAAAUAAUUUCAAGCUCUUAGAGCAGAUGGUGACAUCUUGCCCUGAUUGCGUUCCUGGCUGUGAGAAGUUUGCAGGAAUUUGCACAAACCAGGACAGCAGUCAGCUCUGUCCUUCUGUACUUCCUGCUGAGGCCAUCUUGCCUGUGUUAGUGAGCUUCCUUAUUUUCAUGCACUACAGUACUUGUGUAAAUUUACUCUUGCUGACAGAGUGCUACCUGGAAAUGUUAGUGGUACUUCUAGAAUAGUAUUAGAGUGAUGACAGCUCAUAAUGAAGAACUUUGAUCUUCAAACCCACAUGCAUGGGGCUCCUCAGUGUUGAGAAGAGCAAUAGGAAAUGCAUUUUUAUGGUGUAUUCAAGUUCUUUCAAGCUGGACCUGUUAAAACAGGAUGAGAUAAAUUUUAUGGAUUGGUUAUUCAUGAAGUUUUUUAUGUACUAACAUUCCUAAACAAACCAAACAAGACAAGGUACUUCAUGAAGUGUGCAAUCUGACUUGUGACUUGAAGGUCAUGUUCAGGUUAUUAAAAGUGCUCAGAAAACCUUCCUAUGAGCAGGUUGAGGUCUGCAGAACAAAUUUGCAACCAAUAAAUUCAAUUUCUGUUGUUGGUGGGGUUUUGUUGUUGUUGUUGUUUGGUUGUUGUUUUGGUUUUUUUUAAUUAACUCAGUGCCCCAGGUGAAGCACGCUAGGAUCCAUCAGAGGGGAGAGGACCAAGAAAAGGCUGUAGCCUUCCCCUUGUGCCAGGCAGGAGCUGGAUGCCCCAGCUCUGUCAGGGCAGCUUUAGCAGCUGGGGGUCUGGAUGGGCCAUUUCUUCUGGACUUGGUUGUGCUAAAGGAGGAUUUUGCUGUUCUUCCUUUACAACCUGCCCUCGACUGUUCUCUGUGACAGUGUCAUUGCCCAUGGAGCAGAUAAUAAGUUUUCUUCCCAAUUUGCCUCAACAUAAAUGAGCAGGUUGGUAAAACACCCGUCUUGUCCCUGCUCAUCUGAACACUGAGAAUGCUCCAGGGCAGUGUGUUGGGCACCUGGGAAUUGUUGCUGGCUGGGGAUGGGCAGGUGUGUGGUGACCUUCCUGCUCCCUCCUGCAGCAUCUUCCCACAUCUGAAGAGUAUGGAGAGAAAAAUAAAUGUGCAGAAGGAAAAGCCCCUUCUGGCAGCGUGUCAUGUUGUGUCCUGGCAGUGGGGCAGGGGUAGGGGGAGAGCCCUAAAGCUGAAGCCAGUGUCUUUAGCAAAUGCUUCCAAAUCCUGAGGCCACCAGCUGUGGCUGCUGGGAUGUUAUUAGGGCAGUUAGUAGCUUUGCUAAGUGGCCAGUUGGUAAACUCUGUGCUUGAAGUUUGCUGUCAUGUUUAUGGCUUUGCAGAAGAGCUUUGACUUAGAUGUUUCUUGAGCAUAUUAUAGUCUCUCUGGACUUCACUGUGUGUGGGGGAUUUUUCUGCUGCUCAUUUGUACCAUGUCUCAACUUUUAAUCUUAUGUGAGGAAUUUCUCUUGAAGAUAGUUAUAUUUGUGUACAGAAAAUUUAAUCCACUUCUAAAUGCACUUGAUUAAUUCUAGUUUUAAAUUAUUUGUAUUCAAAUUAUAUUUCCUGUUGAUGUGAAAAUAAUAAAGCAGCUGAAUUCA